AUGGUUGCUUCUGACACCUUAUCGCCAUCGCCGCCGCCCUCGACAAGCGACAGCAGCAGCAGUCGUCGACACCACAAGAAGCCGUACAAGAGCUGGCUCAAGGACGGAGUUAACGGUGGGCCUUGCUCGAUGCAAGUCGUCGUCCAGUGGCUCUCGGCAAACUAUGCGACCAAGUGGCGGGACGACAGCGACAACCGCAUGCCAAAGAAGCUUUUGCUGCAGGAAAUUCUUGAUCAGAUGCAGCAGGUCGGUAUCCACCACCGCCUCGCCAAAGACGUUGCCAGCAAAAUAUCCACCCUGCAAAGCAAUUAUCGGAUCGCACGAGAAUGGUACGACGUGAUCGGCAGCCAGUGGCGGAAGGCCGGUGCUCAGGAAACGGACGUGAAAAAGGAGGUCCUGCGACGCUUUCCUUACUGGGACGAGCUCCAUGGAGCGUUUGGUGCAACCACGACAACAAUCACCACGACAACUACGACCACGACCGCAACCAACGCAAAGGGCCAGGAUGUAUCGAGCACGUCGACAAUGACGACGAUCCACAAGAACGAUGGCCCCAUGUCUAUCCGCAGCAUCAUCCAUUCGAUCGACAACGAGCCUAGCCUCCAGGUCUGGGUCUCUACCUACCCAGACAUAAGCCGCCAGCAACACCAGCAGGCAGCUGCCACAGCCGCAGUCGCCGCUGCAACUGCAAAGGCUACGGCCACCACGGCAACAGCGACGACGGCAAGCUUCAUCACCUUACCGGAAAACCGCCAGGCCGUCAUCGUCUCGACUGCAACGACAACCGACGACGUCGCGCUGCUGGGCAAGCGACCGCAUGAGGACGUCUACGAUGAGCUGCUGGCUGAGGAAAAAGAAAAGACCCGGAGGGUCCGUGCAAGAGCAGAUCUCGUCAAGCAGCUCGUAAAGUCUGGACUUUCCAAAGAUGAAAUCGCCACAGAGUUAAGACGGUCGACCUCCACCGCUUAA